UCAGGAACCUCCAGCGGAUACGCACACAUGCUUACCCACACACCCCAAAAAUAAAGAAGUAACAAACAGAAACUGUGUCCCUUUUCGACGGCCACUGUCAGAGUAAGUUACCCUUUGCGGUGUAUCUCUGGUUGGCUUCUUUUUUGGGCCCUUGGCGAUCUCUGAGGCCCCCUGCGUGAUAAGGUGCAUGAGUUAGAUCAUUGGUUUCAUUUGUUAAGAGGAAAUUUAGCAGAGUUGAGCAAUGGUACAGGGACAAUUUUGAAAGCCCUUGAGAAAGCAUCAGAGUUGCAGAUCGAGUGUCAGGCGGCGAGGAAUCCAUGCUGCAUCCGUACAGAAUGGAGGGGUACAUCAUCCCACCAAAAGAAGAGAGUAGAGAGAGAGUAAGCUGGACUGGCUGGAUGUCACAGACACCAUCUGUACAAAAAGAUUACUGGGCAGUUUUAACCAAAGAUCCGCAAACAGAGGAAAUGUUUGAAUCAGAGAUGUAUCGAGCCCCAAUGGAGUAUCAGUACAUAAUUGAUGACGGUCAGAAUGAUCACGCAUGGGAUUAUAAUACACAUCAUGUCCAUCCAGUGGAUUUCGAGAACUUGCCAGAGAGCCACUUCACAGAGCUACAGAGCGUGCCGCCACUACACGCAUCGAAUGUGCAUCGCUUCCCAGAUGUUGAGUCUAGUCAUUUUAUUGACCCAGGCCUGACCGGGCAUCACCUCACCCUGCCCCCUCCACAGAUGACAUAUUUGCCACGGCCAUCAGUGUGUUACCCUCACAGUGUGCAGCCCUCUCCUCUCCAGCGCAGCUCAGAUGACGAUGACCCCGGCAGUCGCAGUCCUCCGUUAGAGGUGUCUGAUGAGGAGUGUAUGAGAGACCACAUUACUUCAACAACAGGAGUGGAACAUGGUAACAAGAAGAAAAUUCGCUUGUAUCAGUUCCUGUUUGACCUUCUGCGAAAUGGUGACAUGAAGGACAGCAUCUGGUGGGUGGACCGAGAAAAGGGAACAUUCCAGUUCUCAUCCAAGCACAAAGAGGCUUUAGCAAACCGCUGGGGCAUACAGAAGGGAAAUCGCAAGAAGAUGACCUACCAGAAGAUGGCAAGAGCACUGAGAAACUAUGGCAAGACAGGAGAAGUCAAGAAGAUCAAGAAAAAGCUCACCUACCAGUUCAGUGGAGAAGUACUUGGGAAGAGUCACACAGAAAGGAAGAUUUACAUGUAAACAUAUGCGCAAAAAUGCGUGAAAAAGACUUGGGGAAAACAAGAGAGAACCUUUUUCUUCUGUGAAAACAGAAAAUGACUGGACCUGAACUUUUACCAUAGUUAUGAACCUAUGGUUUAACUAUUUUCACCUUUGCAUUAAUUUAGUAAACCUUAAGUCAUUUUAAUAUUUCAAUAGUUUUUGUGCUGCAGGACCAACAUUUACACACAUCUGUACAGUGUAUAUAUAUAUGGGGAGAGCACACAUUUAAAAGAGCAGAUACAGUGAAAAAUUAGUAAAGACAGUGGCUAACUUUACCACCACACAUGAUGGAAAAAAAAAUCACAAAAAUACAAAAAGCAGAAGUGAAAACCAAUGACACAGGCACACGCAGCACGGAAAACUCUGUCACGUCUGGGUAACACACACACAGACACAUACUCUGCUCAUGUUUGUACUGUCUUUUUCUCAAGGUCACAUUCAAUCUGAAAAAAAAAAAAAAAAAAACUUCAUAGAAA